AAGCUUGGAUCCAGUUUGCGCACUUGCAGCUGUACGAUCAACUUGUCGUUGUCAUUUCGGCACGUUUUCAUGGCUUACAGAACAGCUGUGCUUUUUACGUAACGUUACACCGUAUUAUUUGUUCAGAAGGCAUGACGUUCAACAUGAUCAGAGGGCCUCGCAUUGCCUUUAGCAAUUUAAUAGCGCACACGCGGAGAGGUGUGAUGAUGAACACAGGUAGCAGAAGACUGUGUACUAAACCUCAGGAGGGGGCAUCCGUACCCCAACAGGCUCCUCGUCUUGGGUUUAAAUUACCAGGCUACCGCCCAUCAGAGUGGGAUAAAAAGAUGCUGUUGUGGUCCAAGCGAUUCAAAACCAGAGAACAGAUUCCAGAGUUUGUGUCAUUUGAGAUGAUUGAUGCCGCCCGGAACAGAGUGCGUGUGAAGGCCUGCUAUGUCAUGAUGGGAAUGACCAUCUUGGCGUGCCUCGCUACGGUUAUCUCGGGCAAACAGUCGGCAGGUCGGCAUGAAAACCUGACUUCUCAGAACAUGGAGAAGAAGGCUCGAUGGAGAGAAGAAGCACAGAAAGAGAGAGAGGAAGCUGCUGUCAAUGCAGGGAAAGCCCAGUGAGAUUCGCCAGAGCUCUUAAGUCUGAUAGUUUUAGCUCUGGCUCAUUCAUUAACCAGCUUUUAUAUUGUAUGCCAUGCAACAUUGGUUCACUGAAGGUGUAUUAAUGUUCCUCACGCAGUAAACAUAGCAGUGUCAAAGUUACUGGUAAAUAACAAGGUGUGAGUUUUUAUUUGUGUGAUUUUGUAUAUGCUUAGAAAAAAUACAAAUAUGUGGAGUGACUCAUUUUUAUAUUUCCCUCAGUUACAGCUAUUUUGUAUUGCUACAAUUUGAUAAAAACUGAUUACAUGAUCUAUGUGAAAUGGGUGGAUAAAGCAGACUUUUAUUGUCUAGGACUGGUUAAAGUUAUCAACCAGACGAUCUAAAGCAGACAAGAUAAUAUGUUCAACAAGUUAUGUGUUGACAAAAAGUAGGUUGAGUGUAAUAAAAGUGUGACAACUGAC